GUAGGGUAUGAAUAAACGCGCACUGUUUGACAUAUGCGUAAUUUCACUCACAAGUUGUUUGUGUAACAUGUUAAGAAACCUACUUUACUAACCUGCAAUUUCGAUUGUCAGAUCCUUUUAAUCUCACUUUCGCAAUACUGGUGAUUUUUUUGAUUACUUUGACUAAUGAACACGUGCAUCAUGUGUACCUACCGAGUCGUCCUUUCACUGCUAUUUUUUUCUUGACCAGAUUACUUUUCAUACGCUACUCUAUACAAUUUCCUUACAUACUUUCAGGCUUCAAACAAGAUUCCAGAUACUCAAAUCCCAUUGGAAGAUUUACUGUAGGCGUUUGUUGCCAUCUGGUCGCGUUGCAUACCACACUUAUAAUUGUGUCAUAUCAAUAUCAGUUGAUAUUGAGUUGAAAAAUGGCAAGUGGCAUGAUAACAUUAAUAGCCGAAAAUCAAAGUUUUCUAGUACCUCGUGAUGUACUAACUAAAUCUAGUCUGUAUUUUUAUGCUGCUUUUGAGAGCGGGAUGACUGAAAGCCAAACCAGCCAGUUCAGUUUUCCUAAUUUCACUGCUCACCAGUUAGCUAUGGUUGUUCAGUUUCUGCGACCUGAAUUAACUAUUCAAGAUGAUGCUUUAAACAACCAUAGCAGUGGAUUAAAUAACUCUUGUCCAGAAACGCUGAAAAUUUUAGAAGCUUUGGAUUUGGCUGAUGCAGCAGAUUACUUUCAAAUGCCCAAACUUAUUCAAACUUGUAUGCAGAGAAUAUCUCAUAUCAUGAACGAGUUAUUUCAACCUAAAUCCAUUCAACUUCAUGAAUCACAUAGCUGCAAUAUAUUCUCAAUAAUAUUAAAAGAGUUUGCGAAAGUGUCCCACUGUGAAAAUGGUUGUGUUAACAAACUUUUUUCUGAAUACACCAUAAAAUACCCUCAUUUUAUCCUCAGACCAUGUCUUUCAGAUUCAAACUUACAGCAUCUUCUUAUUAAUUUGGCUAUAAGCUAUUUGUCGAAAAGUGUCAUAUGCAUACCAGACGAAGACAUAAUUUUAAAUAUUGUUCUUAGCUGGUUACAGAUAUUGAAACCAACUGAGUUUUAUACAGAAAAUACCGUUCAAUGCUUUUUGCAAUGCGUUCGUCCCGGCCUUCUUUCACUAGACGGUCAAGAAAAGUUAUUAGAUUAUUGGCGCAACCAACAUUCUGAGUUGAAGUGGUUUGGAAAGCUGACAUGUGCAGAUAUGGAGGUAUUUUUUAAAAGUAUUCCAAAUGGGGGAAUCUUUUGCAAGUCUCCGUUAGCUUCUCAACUCCAGCUUUUGCUAGUAAAGCCUAGAGCCGAAUCUCUGUGUUUACUUGGGUUAGCUCCAAGUCGUUCUAGCAACUCAUUAGAAUUUUGGCUUUUCAAUCUUCACAAUGGAGCUUAUCAUAACUACCCCAUACCUGAUAAUUGUCUGCGGGAACUUGAUCUGGACUCCUCUGGUGUUGGUGACAUAGAUCAUCGCAUUUACUUCUGUCCAGUAACGUACGGAUCCGGUUCUUAUCAAAGUAAUUUGUUUGUUAUGUGUUUUGAUCCAAAUAAUGCAACUUUAAAUGGCUUUGCUUGGUGUUUGGCUUCUUGUCGUGCAAAACUCAUCCCUCGUUUGCUUCUUUCUCCCACGAACAACAGAAAUGGUACUAUCAAUUCUUUCUGCUUCCGAUCUAGACGAAUCGGUGUAACUACGUUGUCCAGUGGUCUUUACAUGUAUUAUCUUUCUUGUAUACAAGAGGUCGCAUGGUUGUGUGCAUUUCGAUUUGAUCUGAGCACUUGGAACUGGUAUGGGAUGGAACCUUAUUGUUUGUCUAGGAACCAGAAUGGAGUGAUGUUAUUUACACCAAUCGAACAGUUAAAUUCUAUCCCACCUGACGACUGGGUAUACGCUAAUAUUGAGACAGUUUCGUCGAAUAACUCCAGACACCCACGUCACGGGCUUCAUCAAACUUCAGCACUUCGGUCACAGUUCUUUCGAUUUCGUCCGCGACCUGAUGGAGACGCACUAUUUGUAGAGAAUCUACCUAAUCCACCUUUCCUCAUCAGAAUGUACCGUUUGCUGGCUAUCAGUUGCUCUCUGCAAGGUAACUUUAGUGAUAAGACUUAUUUGUUUCCUAUGGGGACUUGCUCUCGUGAUUUAGAGGCUACACACUAUUGUUUUGACACGUUUUCCUGCCAAUGGCUUCGAUGGAAACCGGUUCAGACGUCAGAUAUCGAUGAGUUAAAUCCCAUUAGACAACAUCCUUCUGAAGACAUUGAGCUAACGUUUAAUCUAUGUCCUAAAAUUCUUGGUUUUCGUGGUCUUGUUUGUGCUACACACAUUUUGAAUAGAUUGGAUGAAAACAAGUUAUUAUUAUCUCGAGAAACUUACGUUCAGAACCCUGAUGGUGUUAAAUCAAACGACCAUCCACUUUCCUCAUCCGUAAAUGAUUCAAGCUAUAAUGGAAGCUUGAAUUCUAUAAAUAAAAAUAGAUUAACAACAUUGUUGGUUUUAGCUGGUAGACCGGAUCAAACUAAACAUGUGAUAUCUGGGAUAUGGUUUCAUCACCCUCAAGCUUGUAAUAGUUCGGACGAAACAAUUGCAUUAUUCGAUUCUCAGAAACCAAAUUAUUUUCUACCAACUGCAAUCGCUCAAACCCUGGGACAAUACCUUUCCCCAACAGCAGUUGUAUUGGCUAACUGGACACAUAUUGUACAAUCUGUAAAUCCUAUCACUUUUUUAACUAAUUAUUCUAAACAAGAAAACUGUGAACUAAACAAAUUCUCAUGUAUUUACGGAAACUUUCCUGAAAGCUCCAACUGGUCAUGGGAUAGUGACUAAACAACAAAUUUUUCUUGUGAUAAAAGAUAAGUUAGUCCAUAAUUGCAUUUUUUAAAAUUGUAUAUUGGUUAGUGCAAUAUGCAAAGGAAGUCGUUGUAUCAUAUAUCACUUCAUCAGAUCCACUAGUUCCUCGUUUUCACAGUUAUUCCCACUGUUGCAUUUAUUUUGUACUUCCAAGAGUUAACUUUUAUAUACUUUAAUGUGCGUUAAGUUGAUUGUUUAUAUUUUAUGUAAGUGCCUUUAUUUCCAGAUUUAAUAUUCCCAGUCAGUAUUCUUGUAAUAUCUUAUUUUAUUUAUCUCCCAUUUAAUAUUACCCAUAUGUAAAAUGUGUUCUGUGUCCUACAUGAUAUAUUUUUCAUUAUUCAUACCUCAUUUAAGUAAAAACUUUUGAUAGUACAACCCACUUAUUUUCUUUAUCAGCUGUAGUUAUUUUUUUAAUAGAUUUUAAUUUCACCUUAAUUUAAGAAAACAGUUUCAGAACCAUUGAGUUGUAAUAUAUUUGCCUAACCGAUCGACAUAGUUAUGACAGUAGCAUUAAGAGCCUCCAUAGUAUGAAAUUUCAGUGUUCUCACCCCAAACUUUAAGUUUUCGUUGUAAUUCUUAUCAUCAGGAGCCUUCAUCUAUGAAUAUAAACUAUUGAGAAACUUACUGUAACAAAUAAUAUACUCUAAACUGUCUGAUUAUAUUCGUUUGCUUUUAUGAUGUUUAGUUUACCAUCACGUACUAACUACGUUACGCUUACUGUUGUCAGUAAGUCACUUAUAUGCAAAGUAGAACCUGGAACACAUGUGGAUAAACUCAAUUUACCACACCACAUCAUCACAGUGAAAUGAAAUCAUAAAGAAAAAUACAAUAGUAGUAGAGAUAGUAACGGUAUUAAUGUUAAUGGAAAGAAUUUGGCAUUCAAUAAUGACCUAAUGUAGAUUGGUUCAGGGUCUCGAUAAAAUACCAGCGUGGUAGAAGCAGAUAUUACCAUUCGAAAUGAAUAAAUUCGCGGAAUUUUGAAACUAAAGAUCUAAGGGAAGACAGGACCAAUGUACCUGUGUCAUUACAACCGAUCCUAAACCAUAUCACCACGUCACCAAUCAUUGGUUUCGAUAAUCACGCGGACCCCAAUCAGACAGUCUGCACCUACGUACAGAGCUCAGUUCGAAAAUCAACGACUUCAUUUACUGAUGCCACCUCUUGAUUUAGCCCUCCUUCAAAUUACUUCCACACCAGGGAAUAUCGCCCAUCGCGGUAAAUGGUGGUUAGGUAUACCUAGUAUAUAUCUUAACCAAUUCAGUCAAUAAAGAAUCACUACUUCGACAACCGACUCACUAUCCUUAACUAGUACCCUGCAUCUGACAGCAUCGCUCACUCUAGCAAUGCUUCUAAGGCACCUAUGAACAAAUGCCAGUAACCUACGAGUAUCUUCUAAUCAAAAAGAUCACAAUUCACUGUCAUACAAUGACACAAAACAAACUGUUCAGCAACCUACACGUUUUUUGUUUAUCAACCGAGCAUCUCCCCCGCGCCACAGCUACCAAGUCAGGCGAGGUUAGUUGCAAUUACUGUAGCAGCUGUUCAAAGUAAACUGUUGUCACUUUUAAAACCUAAGGCACUUCAAUAUAGCCUACUACUAAGUGUUUGUAGUGAAUUAAAAGCUGUCCUUCAUUUGUCUAUAUGAUGGAUAAGCUGUUGCAACUGAACAAAAAUCCUGUACCGAGUGAUAUGAAGAAGAGUACAAAAAUCAAGGAUGAGGAUCUAUAAUACAGCGGAAAUGGGCCACAAACUAUGUCUAAAUACAUUGGUUUUAACAUGUUUUAUUUAUGCUGAUUAAUAGUCAGGUUUUGAGAAAACUAGUCUUAGUUGGCUUUACGUUAAUCGGUAACUUGAUUCCUAAACAAAAUUCACAAUAUCAUGAGAUUAAACUCUCAUAAUUGACAAAUAUAACCGAUCUAACUGUUCCAAAAUGUAAGUAUUUGUAGAAGGCUAGUGAAAAUAGGAAUAACUUUUCAAUAUGAUUAAUCCGAUGUUCUUCAUUUUUUCAAACCUAAUAUUCUCAGAUGAUUUAGUCCAUUCAACAAGGCGUCACACUCUCUAUUCGUGGUUAAUUAUGUAACACAGUCUAAGUAACUGGAUGUACUACCCAGAAAAUACUGGGUGGAAUGUGUAUCAUCCGUGUCACCAGGGCUCACGGUUGCAGACGUUCACAUACAUUUUAUACAGUUAGAUAGAGUAGAUUAAUGACUAUCUUUGUAACAAAUAGCGUUAUGAUCUUAUGUGCUAGCAUAAUAUACAUUCUUUAUUCUUUUUCUUCGGACAUAACUAUGCAAAACUUUAUUGAAAUUUUGAUAGUCAAACGUAAAUUGUGUUUCUAGGGGGAUUACACAGUCAUCCACAAUUAUAGUAGAGUAUUUUUAGAUGCCCAGAAUGUAGAAUGAAUACUGUUUUCUACUAGUGAUUUAGUUCUCAUUAGUUCCCCUACUUACAAAAUUUGUACUUAUGUGCCAUGAUGGCACCAGAAAGAUCAGCCUAGUGCUCCUUGUGUGGCAGUUCAACGUCAUGUUCAUAUUCUUAAGGUCAGCGACCGAUUACACAUAAAUUGAAUGAGAAUUUGAAUAGCACUACUAAAUGUAUAUUUAAGUAAUUAAACCUAUUAUCGUGUACACUAAUAAAUGGAAUCCGAAUAGAAUUGACUGUACGUUUGGCUAAAGUUGUGAUAGCAUUCAAUCAACAGUAUUAGACUUUUCUGUAAUUGUGUUAGACUUGAAACAAUACUGGGAUUUGCACUAACAACUAUUAGAAGUGAAAUAACACUGGUGUGAUAGAUCCCAGUGAUUGUAUUUGAAUUGUAAUAACGCAGUGGUGAUGUAACAAAAUAAGUCUAAAAUUGCAUUAGACAGAUCCGGCCUGCAUUGAAGUUCAGUUUACUUGAACGUAUGUGGUAAUCAGAGUAUCUCGGAUGUUGAUAGGUCAGACGAAUAAUGAAAUGAGAUUACAAGUAGAUAGACAGACAAGCAAACAAAGGUGUAAUUAAAAGAAAUGCUGGUAAGGUUUUAGUAAUCACUCAGUUUAGCAGAAGUUAACCAAUAGAAUUGAAUUAAUAUCUAUGAUAGUUACAUGGUUGGUCAAAUCUUGUAUUUCAAAGUGAGCAAAGAACUGUGUGAAUUAGGCAUGUUUAUAUCAAUUACUAGAUAUCACCACUGCUUUUGUGUCAUUUUAAAACUUAUAAAAACUCAUGUAUACUAUUUAAACGUAGCAUGCAAGCUGAAGAUAUACUUAAAUGCAAAUGGAAAUAUAAAUCAUCAACAGCGUAGUGAAGGCGACUGGGUUUAGUGUCAUUAUUUACGAAAUGUAUUUGUCUCAUUCAUGAUCAAUAUAGAACCUAAUACAAAGGAACGUUAGCUCAAUGCUUCAUACCGCAUCAGCAUACGGAGAUCAAAUUACAAAGCCCAUUAAUUGUUGCUGUAUUAUCGGUCGUUCAUGAAUUUAAACUAAUCAACCACAAGUCUAUUAUCCAGCCUUGUAUAAAAAAUUUCAUGUUUGUGUACUUCUUGAAGUAUAUAAAUCGUGGUGUACCUUAGUUAACAUAUUCACGUGAGUUAUUACUCUAAACAAUGAAGUACUUGUGACUGAUCAUUUGACUAAAUAGUGUUCUUAUUAAAGUUUUAAGAACAUAAGAAUUUGCUUAGCUAAUCUGUCACGGGGUAAAUACAGUGGCAGAGUUAGCGAACUUAUUACUGGUAAUAUCAACAAGAACAAGUAGCCUGUCUACUUUGUUCUUUUUUUUUUCGAAAAAUUCCAAGCCUAUAAAACUUACAUUGAGCAAAUGUAAAACUAUUAAGAUGAAUAUACUGCGCAGUCCAUGUAUUUCUCACAAAUACUUUCUUGAUCUUUUAGCCACUAAAUAAUUUUGAAGAAGAAGACCGUCAUAAACGGUAGUUCAUUUUAUAUUUUCUCUUCCAAGUAAAUUAAGUCUCAGAAACCACAUUACUUCACUUAUGAACGUUUUCCUAUUCAUGAACAAACUUAAUUUCCACUAAAUGAUGUGAUUUUUUAUUUAUUCUUCUAAUCAUUUUCAUUUUAAUCUUGAUAUAAAUAUUUUAUAAGGAUACAUAUUCAUAAAGGGAAUAAAAACAAAAUGAGUUAGUUGCUUUACUCUUA